AUUGACAAAAAAAAACAAAACAGAGUUUGUUUCUUCUUUUUUUCUUUUUUCACCAUCGCAGGUUUUGUGUAGUGAUGGAGAUUGCGUCUGUGACUAUCUCUUGCCCGGCGUUGUUUUCAACGCCUCGUGUUUGUAGAAGCAAACCUUUUGCUCUAAACUUCAAUACCGAUCAUAGAAAGAGAUUUUCUUGUCAGGUAGCUUCUGGAGACACGACAGCUAAGGUCGUGGACAGUGAACUUGACUUAGAAUACAAGAAACACGAUCUACUCAGAGCUGUACAAGAAACUCAACGAGGUCUCACUGCCACUUCUGAUCAACGCUCUGUCAUCGAGGAGGCUCUGGUGACUGUGGAAGGGUUUAAUGGCGGUGAAGCCAUUGAUCUAAUGAAGUUAGAUGGAACAUGGAGGCUACAGUAUACGUCUGCUCCUGAUGUUGUUGUUCUCUUUGAAGCUGCCUCAAGAUUUCCCUUCUUUCAGGUUGGUCAGAUCUUUCAGAAGUUUGAGUGCAGAGAUCGAUCAGACGGUGGGAUCAUCCGGAACGUUGUUCAGUGGAGUCUUCCAAGCUUGCUAGAGGAGCAAGAAGGUGCAACACUCGUUGUUACUGCCAAGUUCGAUAAGGUCUCUAGUCGAAACAUCUACCUUCAGUUUGAAGAGAUAAGUGUUAGAAACAUUAAUAUAAACGAGCAGGUUCAAUCUCUUCUCGCACCUGCAAUUCUUCCACGCUCAUUUUUAAACCUUCAGAUUCUGCAGUUUAUACGUACUUUCAAUGCUCAAAUUCCAGUAACACCAACCAGUCCAGGAAGGAGGUCUGUAGGUGGAUUGUAUUACCUCUCUUAUCUCGAUAAUAACAUGCUCUUGGGUCGAUCCGUUGGAGGUGGAGGAGUCUUUGUCUUUACUAAAUCUCAACCCCUUCAGCUCUGAGAAUUAGAAGAAAAAAAUCUAUAAAACUCAGAUUCUGAACAUUAUUAUGUUAGCUGAUUCUGUUUAUGUAUAAACAACCUAUUCGGGUUUUUUUACUAGAGAGAGAUAUUGUUACAACAAAGCAAAAAAAAAAUGUUA